AUGCUCAGGACACUCGUCACUGGCGCAGCUGGGUUUUUGGGCUCAAAUUUAGUGGACUUUCUCCUUCAAAAAGGCCACGUUGUUAUCGGGUUGGAUAAUCUCACGACUGGUUCACCCUUGAAUUUGCGCCACCUUGAAAACCACCCAAAUUUUACUUUCAUCAAUCAAAAUAUUUGCUCGCCAAUCGACUGGAAUGAGGAGAUUGACCAGAUUUAUAACCUAGCUUGCCCAGCAAGCCCAAUCCAAUACCAGAGACAGCCAGUGUCAACUUUGAACACAUGCUUUGACGGCACACGAAAUCUUUUGGAACUAGCCAGAAAUCGCAACAUUCGGAUCCUCCACACUAGCACCUCUGAGGUUUACGGAGAUCCUCUAAUCCAUCCUCAACCCGAAACCUACUGGGGUAAUGUCAACCCAUUUGGGCCCCGAUCAUGUUACGACGAAGGCAAACGAGUCGCAGAAGCACUUUGCUACGCAUAUCAAGAACAGUAUAAUCUGGACAUCCGGAUCGCACGUAUAUUCAACACUUACGGACCCCGCAUGAGCGGUCAAGAUGGUCGAGUGAUAUCGAACUUCAUCGCAUCUGCCUUAAAUGGUAAUACGCUCAGUAUAUACGGUGAUGGAUUAGCGACCAGGUCCUUCCAGUAUGUUACAGACUGUUUAGAAGGUCUUUAUAGGCUCAUGAACAGUGGAUACGACGCUGGUCCGGUGAAUAUUGGAAAUGACAAGGAGUUUAAAAUUCAAGAGGUGGCGGAUCUCGUGAUAGAGCUGGUGUCGGAAAUUACGAACAAGCCCCGAGCUACGGUCCCUUUCCACUCUAAACUCCUGGAUGAUCCUUCCGUUCGACGGCCGCAGGUGUCACUUGCGAAAAAAGAGCUGGGAUGGGAAGCAGUGGUUCCACUACGAGAUGGACUAUGGAAGACUAUUGAGUGGCAUAUGGACCAACAAGGACUCCCAAAGUAA